AUGUCACCGAUUAUACCGCCUUCUUCGAAUAAAAACUCACAAGGAUCAGCCAAAUCAGAUUACGGUCUGACAUUAUACCUCAUAACAGCCUUCUCUGCCAUCGGUGGUUUCUUGUUUGGUUAUGAUUUUGGGGUCACGAGUGGUGUGAUGGCCAUGCCUCAGUUCCAGGAGUACUUUAAUCCAUUAACACCUGAAAUUAAGGGCGCCCUAAACUCUUUGAUGGGUUGUGGGGCUGUCUUUGGCUGUUUGCUCGCAGGCGUACUCUCUGAUCGUUUUGGCCGUCGUGACAGUAUUGGUGGUUUCGCAUUAGUUUUUAUUGUAGGUGGCGUUCUCCAAGCUGCUUCUCACAACAUUGAAAUGCAAUUAGUUGGCAGAUUCAUCUCUGGUAUCUCUGUAGGCGCUUGUUCAGUCUUGUAUACGGGUAUGUUGAUAUCAGCAUGGCUGGAUUAUGGCACGAUUUACGUUCAAAAUGACUGGUCAUGGCGUAUUCCUUACUUGGUUCAAGUUGCACCUGCUAUCCUUUUGGCUUCAUGUCCCUUCCUCUUGCCUCGUAGUCCUAGGUGGCUAGUUGAGAAAGGCAGACACGAAGAAGCCAUUAAAACACUAGCCUAUGUGCAUGGUAGAGGCGAUGUCAAUCACCCUUACGUUUUGCAAGAAUUCAACGAAAUCAAGGACAACGUUCAAUUAGAGAACAACGUCGCCGUCGAUUCUUAUAUAAGCAUGAUCAAAGAUCCCAGAAACCGUCGUGUGCUUUGGGUUGGCUGCUCUGUUGCCAUCUUCCAACAACUGACAGGUGCCAAUGUCAUCAUGUACUACGCUGCAUUCAUGUUCCAACAAGCUGGUCUUCAAGGUUCAUUGUCAUUACUAGCUAACGGUAUUGACUACGCUGUCAUGGUUAUCUUUUGCGUGCCUGGUAUGAUUCUAGUCGAUAGAGUAGGUCGUAUCAAAUUGAUGGUCAUUGGUUCUAUUGGUAUGUGUGCGUGCUUCUUCCUCAUGGCUGGUCUCUAUGGUGGUGUUGGUUACACUGAAUGGAAUGAAGAACAGCUGAGUCAUGUCAUAAACAUGAGUUCAAACCCUUCUGCUGAGCAUGCUGUCAUUGCAUUCAUUUUUAUCUUUGUUGCAUUUUAUGCUACUACUUGGGCUCCCGUGGCUUGGAUCUAUAUUGCUGAAAUUUUUCCCUUGAGAAUCAGAAGUAAAGGUUUUGCAUUGGCAUCAGCAAUCCUUUGGGUUGGUAAUAUCUUGGUUGGACAGGUCACUCCUAUCCUCAUGGACAAGAUUACUUGGGGUACCUAUGUCUUAUAUGGCGUUAUCGGUCUCGUUAUGCUUGUCUGGAUGUUCUUGUUUGCGCCAGAACCCAAGGGUCUUUCUUUAGAAGAAAUUGAAGUUGUGUUCCACGGCCCUCUCAUUGUGACAAACUUGAACUACGAAGAAUACAUCAAAGCACAUCAUGAUGAUGUUGAGAGAAUCCGUGCUGAAGUAGGUGCUGCCGCUGGUGGUCAUUACCAAACAGAGAAGAUUCAGAGAGACGACUCUUUCGACAAUGGCUCUACAGGUGAUAGUAGCAACGAUGAAAAAGUCAAAGUUGAUACCAAACCAUAA